AUAAGCGCGUGAGGGUACGCGCGUGAGUAAUGAUCGCGUGAGGAUAUUCUCGGCGCGCGAGGGGUAACUGGUGUGAUUCGUGUCCCGCACGACUGACUGACUAAACGUCGUGGAAAUAGUGAAAAUAUCGCAAAAUAACUCUUUUCUUUAUUCCCUUUUCAAGAAGGGAGUCUAUUGUUUUUUGGAUAUAGGGCGUUUGAAAAGAAGCCGACAGGAGGAACACUUGACUAAUUAAAGUUUUGUGAGGACGGUUUUUGGUUCUGAGGUGAUUGUCAUGUCACUCGCAAAAGAAAAGACGAUGAAAAAUGAGAAAUUGUGGGAUUUAUGAAUUUAUAGGCUACAGUUUGGGACACAUACAGAGGUUGAAGUAAUGUUCUUUUUGUUGAUGCUGAAAACGCUCUUUGGAUAACAAUCAGUUAUUAUUCCUUUGAGAUUUACCUCAGAAAUCCCUGCUUCGGCAACGUCUCGCGCUUGAGAGAUGUGGCACGCGACUUAAGAAAAGAUUGACGUGCCGCGAGACACCUUUUCAGUCGCUGUGUUUAGUCAGCCCGUUUAGAUCGGGUGGAGGUGGGGGAUUCUGUUUUUCCCCGAACUCAUCACAUUUAGAUUAACACGGCCGUCUUUAAGAGGAUCUCUCUUUGGUCAUUCAUGAACUUGUUGAACACCCAGCUCUUUGCGGGACCCCUCACAUCGAGAGUGAAUCUAAAUAACAGUGCAGAUGCCAAGCUGCAACAGAGGAUGACUGACAGAAGGCAAAGCUGAGACGGCUGUCAGUAAACAUCCAGCCAGAGAGGCGAUUUGUCAGUGUGUUAGAAGCCUUGCUCUCUUUCUCCAGCCUGACCCUUCACUUCGUCUUCUCUGCCUCUGCUUUUCUUAUCUCUGCCGGCACCAUCGACCCUGCCUGCUGCCCUGCCCCUUCCUAACGGAGACAAUAAAGACCAGAGGGCUGAGACAGAAGCAUCAAGCCUCACUGUCAGCCCUGCCACCCUUACAGUCACCAACAGGAAGCUGGCUUGCUGCUGCACCUCUUCUGGCCCACGCUCCAUAAAAGUUGGAUUAUUUUGUAAAAUAGGCACAGAUCUUCCUCUCCUUCUCCCUCUUUCUCUAUCUCUCCCUCUUUCGUGCUAUCUCCAGCAUCUUUGAGAGAAGAGGAGCAGACGGAUCCUUCACAUCACAGUGAAUAGUCUAUUAAAGGGGCGGCCCGCAUAAAGGAGGCAGCCAUGCAUUUCCCGUUGCUGUUAACACUGCAGGCAUCAUGGCUGACUAUGUGUCAGGCCAGUCAACACUAUCCCACAACUUGGGGACACUACGACUUGUGCAAAUCACAUGGAUACACGGAUGAGGGCCCGACCUGGUAUUACAUGGCCUGUCAGCCUGAAGCCGCGGACAUGACCAAGUACCUAAAAGUGACCCUUGACCCACCUAACAUCACCUGUGGAGACCCACCAGAGACCUACUGCACCCUGGAAAAUCCCUACAUGUGCAACAACGAGUGUGACUCAGCCACAGAAGAGCUGGCUCACCCCCCUGAGCUCAUGUUUGACUUUGAGGGUCGCAACCCAACCACCUUUUGGCAGUCCAGCUCCUGGAAGAAAUACCCCAAACCUCUGGCAGUUAACUUAACCCUAUCUUGGAACAAGACCAUUGAGCUUACCGAUGACAUCGUCAUCACUUUUGAGUCGGGUCGGCCGGAGCAGAUGGUUUUGGAGAAGUCUCUGGACUAUGGACGUACCUGGCAACCCUACCAGUUCUACGCUACUGACUGCCUUGAUGCUUUCACUAUGGAGCCCAAGACAAUGAAGGACAUUUCCCAGCACACACUGUUGGACAUUAUCUGCACAGAGGAAUAUUCUAGAGGUUAUGUGUGGAAGAACGACAAGACUGUACGCUUUGAAAUCAAAGACCGUUUCGCACUGUUUGCUGGGCCCAAGCUGCACAAUAUGGCCUCGCUCUAUGGACAAUUGGACACCACCAAGAACCUGAGAGACUUUUUCACCAUUACCGACCUGCGCAUACGUCUUCUCAGACCUGCCACUGGUGCCACCAUGGUAGAUGAGAACAACCUUUCUAGAUACUUCUACGCCAUCUCUGACAUUAAAGUACAUGGCAGGUGCAAGUGCAACCUUCACGCCAACAGCUGCAUCUUUGACAAAGAGAAACUAGCUUGCGAGUGUGAGCACAACACCACGGGGCCCGACUGCGGACGCUGUAAGAGGAAUUAUCAGGCUAGAGCUUGGAGUGCUGGAUCCUAUCUCCCUAUCCCCAAGGGCACAGCAAAUAUCUGUCUGCCAAAUAGUGUUGGUCCAGUUAACUGUGAAUGCUUCAGUCACUCCAAUCGCUGCAGUUACAUCGAGGUGCUAAACACCGUCAUUUGCGUGAGCUGUAAGCACAACACUAGAGGGCAGCACUGCCAGCUGUGCAAGCUUGGAUACUACCGCAAUGCCUCAGCAGAGCUGGACGAUGAGAAUGUUUGCAUAGACUGUAAUUGUAAUCCCUUUGGCUCAGACUCUGAUCGCUGUAAUGGCACAGGAUAUUGUAAAUGUAAGGAGGGAGCGACAGGGGCUAAGUGCCACGAAUGUCUGCCAGGAUAUUUGUGGGACAAUGGCUGCAAAUCCCGGGUGUGUGACAACGAGCUUCUGCGUUGCCAAAAUGGUGGCGUAUGCGUGAACAACGUCCGUUGUCAGUGUCCUCUAGCAUACACCGGCCUGCUGUGUGAGAAACCCCGGUGUGAGAACGAGCCAGGGGGUUGUGGCGACUCAGACUCGGGCCAGGCCUCUCACCGCCCCCCUGCGCUGAUUCUGCUUUUGCUGCUGUCCGCCCUGGGUCCCGUACUGCUCGUAGAGAUCUGCUGGAUGACAGUCCUUUGAGAGGCAGAUCUCCAAAUAUCCAGCUUUUUCUGUAUGAGCAGCGCACCAGACCCACCGACACUCGGCUGGCCAUGUGGAAUGUGCCCAAAUAUCAAAGUGAAAUUUGAGAGGAUUACAGACGAAAUACAAUAAAUAAAUAUGUCAAUAAAAAUAGUAUUUAUACAAAUUGAUUACAUAUAAAAGUCUAAAAGUAAAAAAAAAAAAAAAAAAAAUUGUUUAUAGAAUUUACCUGAGCAUAUGCUUCAUGAAGCAAAUAAGAGGAAGUAGAGACAUGAACUAAGCCAUAGAUACUCACUCCCCUACCAGAAAGAGCGUGAAAGGGAGCGGAGCGGACAGACUCAUCCCUUUCCUCCCUUUAUCACCACGGCACCAGGAGCUGUGUUCUGCCAGCGGCAUGUACAAGUAAAGCAGGCUGCCGCCCUCACCUGAGCCAUUUUGGGUAUCAUGUUGGCUAGACUGCUUUCAGCUAUUUUGAAACUGAGCAAUGGGGAAACUGUCUGGAUUAUGUGAACUAAAAAAUAAAAACAACAUAAAAAUAAAGAUAGCAGUAUUAAUGAAGAGAGAGACUCAUGGAAAGAAACAAAAGCAUUCUUUGCUGUCAGUGCAUUGUGGAUGUAAGGGAAUCUAUUCAUACUGUCACAUCUGAUCUGCUUUCGAAAUUGAGCUUGUCCCACCAACACCACCACCACACCCAAACCCAACUCCACCUUGACCCAAUCCCCCCCCAAAAAACAAAAAACUUUAGAGUGUCCUUUGUGUCAAGAGCCCGUCCCUCUUCAACCCUGUGCUUUUGGGAAUGUUAUUCUGUAACCCUUGCUGGUUGAAUUAUAUAAUUUUUUUAACUUUUUUUUCUUUUUGUUCUGCGUGAUGUUAGUCACACUCAUGUGGUACACCCCCCCCCCCAUUCCCACACCCCAAGAAAUAUUAUUAAAAAAACCCAUAACAUUUCAAAUGUGACAGACUGCUGAGGCCACAGUGAAAUAUGUAUGUUUUCACCCAAACAGAUGAAGUGCUUAGACAGUCAUCAGUGUAUUUAAUUUUUGUAUUAAUACAGAAGUUAUUUUCUUGACAGAGUAAAAAUAAUGUAGAACAUAUACUUUUUUGUAUUAUUGCUGAAAUGUGUUUAAGGGCAACAUUUUAGUGCAUUCAAUCAAGGUGCAAAACAUCUGAGGUUUCAUUUUUUUUUUUUUUUUUAGUUGGAUUGUAUGUUUUCCUAAAGUAUAUUGACAACGUGCUGGCAUCAAAGAAUAUCAGUUUACAUACAGUAUAUAUACUGAAGUGUAAAAAAAGAAAAUCACACCAAAGGACAUUCUAAAUGUUUUCUUGUUGCUUUAACACUAAAAUUUAAGUGAAUAAAACUUUAAAAAAUACUUUAUGUUGCUGUGUUAUACUGUUUUGUAUCUCUUUUUAUUUCAAAAUUGUGGUGAAUAUAAAUGAGAAGUUUGUUUCUGCAUUGAAAACACAAAAUGUCUAACAUGCAUAUAAAUUGCAUACUUUGCAGAACAGUGGAAAAUGCUUUAAGCCUCAGAAUUUUUUGCACACCAUUUAUCUUGAAUUCAAUACAGUAAUGAUUUGUUUCAGGGAAACGCAUUAUCGGAAGGGCAAAAUUAAAUAUUAACAGCCAUUGAUUUCUCUUUGAGAGCCUGUUUUAUGGAGUUGGUCUUGCAUGUGAGUAAACUGCCCAUCUAUCGCUCAGUCUUGUUUUAAACAGAAACUUUAACAGCCGUUUUCACGAUUAUAGACUGUAGUGACAACACAGGCCUGCUAAAUGAUUCAUUUUCUAAGGAGAAGCCUCUCCUCUGCUACAGUUCAUUAGUAACUGGAUACUGAUUUAUGAAUCCAUGUAUUUCGUUUCUGUGUGUUUGCUUAGGAAAAAGGAAAUGUUGUUUUAGAUAUGUUUUUAUGUUAUGUUUAUAAACCACAAUUCUAUUUAAUAUUUCAUCUUGAAAUGGUGACCAAAUAACCAGUAACCAGGCUGUUUUCAAUUAUGUUGGGAUGCCACUUUAGGAAACUGAUAGCACAAUAUAUAUUUUUAGAGAUCUUUUACUUAUUAACAAUGAUCUGCAAUUGGUUAUAGAAAACUAAAUUUGUCAUCUUUAGUCUGACUCUUGGUAAAGAAUAACCAAUGUUGAGCUCUGUGUCUCCCCUGACUGUUGUUCAGUCUGUUCUUAGCCAGAGGAGAUCAGCAGCUCCCUUAUUAGUGCUUGAUGUCAGCCUGGGACAUGAGGUGCUGUGAUGAGGAGGUGCCAACAGGGCAUAUGGAUCAGGGCCUGUGGCAUAGGAGAAAAUAACUCAGUAUGGCUAGAGUAAAGUUCUGAUGAGCAGUCUGCAGACCAAAUACAGUAACUUGCAUCUUUAUAACAGAGGAAUAGUUGGCCCCAGUACGAUUUUUUAUCCAGCCUCCGCCCACCUCAUUCAUGCAGCUGAGAAGAGGAGCCCUCUGGUUUUAUACAGUUUUAGGCUAAUAAUCUCUUUGGAUGUGCUAUAGAGUGCAACAGUACCUGCCCACUUUUUUAGCCGCCUUGGUUCCGGUAGUAUUUUUCCCAUUUAUUUAUUUUUUUUACAUUUUCAGUAGGGAUUUCUGUAAGAUUUCUAAGCCAUGAACCAAGCCAACCAGCUCCAAAGUGAAUCACAUUACAAACAUUGAUUUGAAGUGAAAAAGUAUUUGAAAAUCGGACAAAACAAUUACGGUAAAUGACUGUGACUUUCCUCAAGGAAUGAAUUACAAUACCAUGAAGCAUUGUGAAUUAAAUCAUUGAAUUAAAAACAAUAACCAAAAUGAAACCUAUUAUUUAGUUUUAUUAAGUUGUUGAUAAUAAGAAUAGGAACAAUAUACUUUAAUUGUAUUGGAAAAUGUUAAGUUAUACAACUAUAAACAGUAUAAGUUGUUUGAGAAUAUUACUGUAGCUGACCGACUCGUUUGCGUCAUUCACCGUGCAUCAUUGGAGUGGGGGAGGUUUGUUUGCUGCUAUUUUCUGAUUGGUGGAUCUUUUCUCUUGAGCAGCAAGGCAGCUCUUAACCAGAAAUUGCACUGUUAAACAUUGCAAACAUUUAUUUUAUUUUUUUUAAUA